AUGGCAGUACAAAGAGCUGAAAGAAACAUUGGAGUUGAUGGUCAUGAUGGUAACCCUAACGAUAGUAAUAGCAAUAAUAGCAGUCGUAGCGCUCUUUGCGUCAGUAGAGUUGAGGAAGAAUUUCUAACCGAAAUUGGUUAUGUUUCUCAUACACGUGGAAAUAAAGUCAUUUGUUAUAGUACAGUUGAUAAAAUUCCACAAUCCGGAACUAAAAUCUACGUUAAAGAAUUAAAAGCAAUUGGAACUGUGGAUAAAAGGCUCACCAAAAACGGCCCUGGCUUUACAGUAACGAUGGAAGCUGAUUUGCAAAAUUCAGACUUCAGAGCGGGGCAGGCGGUUUGUGCUAGCCAGCUAAAGCUUAAAAGUAUUUAUGGAGCUAAGCCGAAUAAAGGAGCGCAAGGUAGAAGUGGAACUGAUCCAAUCGGUGGUGAAUUUUGCGGAACUGAUCCAGGUGGAGGUGGAAUGAGAGAGGCUACUUGUAGUGGAUUCGAAUUUAAUAGAGAAAUUGGAGAAGUUGGUGGAGGGUUUGGAGGUGGAUUUCAUACUGGUGACGGUUUGCUUAUAGAGUUUGGUAGAAUUUUAAGUGGAUUUUCAGAAAUUAAUCUGGCAGCAGAUAGGCUUGGAGCCUUUCAUAGCUAUGGGUUUCAAGGGCCUUACGUCGGAGGAAAUUUGGUAAGGACUGAUUGGGAUGGAAGGGAAUUUAUAGGAACUGGUCCGCUACAAGGACGGUUUCAGAGUUUCCAUAAUAGUGGAUUUCAAGGAACUGAUUGGGUUGGAAGGGAAUUUAGAGGAAUCGGUCGGCUAAACGGAGGGUUUUCUCAGGGUUUCCAUAGCGGUGGAUUUCGAGGGGCUUGUCACUAUGGAGCUAGUUCGACAGAGACUGAUUGGGUUGGAAGGUUAUUUAGAGGAACUGGUCCGCUAGAAAGAGGGUUUCAGAGUUUCCAUAGCAGUGGAUUACAAGGAGCUGAUUGGGUUGGAAGGUUAUUUAGAGGAACUGGUCCCCUAGAAAGAGGGUUUCAGAGUUUCCAUAGCAGUGGAUUACAAGGAGCUGAUUGGAUUGGAAGGGAAUUUAGAGGAAUUGGUCCUAUUGGAGAGGGAUUUCCGCGGCUUUGCAGCAGAGGACAUAGAAAAGUGGAUUUAGAACAAUUGGCUUGGGUGGAGGUGAAUUUAUGUGGACUUUUAAUGGUAGGUACUGAAACUGCUCAUAGUGUGCCAUUUAGAGGAGCUGGGGAGGAAAAAAUAAGUGGUACAUGA